AUGGCGGCUGAGCAAGCAAAAGACCGUGGGAAUCGAGCUUUCUCUGCAGGUCUUUAUACUGAUGCGAUUGCUUGUUUCUCAGAAGCCUUAGCACUCUCUCCUUCUGAUCCAAAUGCUCAUGUUUUCUAUAGUAAUCGCUCAGCUGCCAAACUUCAAUUGAAUAAAGCAGAGGAAGCAUUAAAAGAUGCCGAUGCGUGUAUUGAACUGAAACCAGAUUGGCCAAAGGGAUAUUCACGUCGUGGGUCGGCUUUGUAUGCUCUAGGACAAUAUCCUGAAGCCUAUCGUGCUUAUAAAGAUGGUCUACGUCAUGAUGCAUCGAAUCCAGGUCUUGUUGAAGGUUUACGAGCAGUAGAAAUCAAGUUAUCAACCCAAACAAGUGGCACGUCUUCUUCAGCUUUUACAGCGUCCAGUACAAUGAAUUGGAGACGUUUCUUGAUUGGAAACAAGAAGAAUAUGUUUCAAUUGUAUCAGUUUCUACUACGGAGUCUUUUACUGCUUUGUUUUCUCACCUAUUGGCUUCCUAUUCGACAAUUCUCAAGUCAUUUGACACCCUAUGGAAACUUUUUCAAGCUGGCACUUGUGAAUCAUGCAAGUUACUUGGCUUUUACAUAUGGAAUACCAAGGUGGAGUGCGGUCUAUGCCCAGCGUCUAUUCAUGGAUCCGAUAAUGCAAGUUUUCUUCUUUUGUUUUGUGUUUUGGGUCUCGGGUCCAUACGGUAUGGCAAUGAUCCCAGUCUUUUUGCUCGAGAUGGUGCAUUUCUUUGCCUACUUGCAGUCGCUACUGCAGGUAUUGGGACUUGCGGACUCGACCAUGGUCACAAUUGUGACGAACAAGGUACUAGUGCCACUCACUUCACUAAUCAUCACGGACCCAAAUUUCGCGGCAUUGACGACUCGUGCGAAAUGGACCAAACUAUACACUCGGAUGCCUCAGGUAGUGGCAAAUAUUGACGUGGCGAUUGGUUUUGCGCUGCUUUUGGAGAUGCUUCUACCGUCACGCAAUUUUCUCCUGCUUGUGUUGUACUGGCAGGUGCUGCGUGUUCGCUACAUGAUUUCACCGCAACUUCAGGAAACUUUUCGCACGUUGCACGGCACAAUUCUCACGGCCGUGAACCACCCACGCUGUCCUUCUGUAAUUGGCGUUGUGUACGAGAAGAUUCACGCGUUUGCCGUCAAAAUGGGCGACGCGGCUCAACAACAGCAAGCUUCGUCUGGUGCUGGUGGUCUGGCUUCGCGCUGCAGUAUUAUGUAG